AUGGCUGGGGUACCCCGCAAGCUGUUGGAUCACGAGCAGCUGGGGGCGGGGAUGGCAUCUCGCCCAUGUGUGGGCCUGGAGAACCAGGAGACUUUGACAUUGGUCAGCCAGUCACCUGCAGGGGUUUCUGGAAUGUCCAUUUCUCCGCGCCUCAGUUUCCUUAACUGUAAAAGGAAAGUUAUAAUUCCUGGUUUGGUUGAUUCACAGGAGUUUGGCCCGCUCAGGGCUAAAAGGGCUGAUGUGCCUAAAAGCCUGACAGGCAAGGUGCCAGAAGGGAGCCCCGAGCUUGCGUCCCCACUGGGCCUGCUGACGUGCUGUCCCACCUCGCAGCAACGCCAGCUGCUCUGCUCACCAGAGGAGCUCAGACGCUCUGUUGCCUCUACAUGCAGCCAGAAUUGCUUACCACCUGCAGCGUCUUUUCGGAGGAGGCGGCUGGCACGGAGGCCGGGCUACAUGAGAAGCGCAGCUGGGCCCUGGAUCGGGUUCCUCUACCCAGCAGUGGCCACUCCGCUACGGGCUCAGGGAGGAGCGUGCAGUGAGGAGUCCCUCCAGUCUGAGUCCAGGGCCGGAUGGUGCGGCCUUGAACUUGGAGGCCAGUGGCGAGGCCCCUCGGCCGGGAGCCCCGCAGCGUCGGCUCUGACGGCGGUGGGCCCCCCAGGACUGGCUCUGACCCCUGGGAGAGGACCUUCAGGGCUCUCUGGGAUUCAGCUCAGAGCUGACACCAAACUACCUGCCAGGCUGACCAGGUUGUGUGGCCCUGGGGACACUGGGUGGCAGGGGCCGCUCCCAUCCAUGGACAGUUCUGAGGCCCCAGGCCCUGGCAGGGAUGCUGCUGGAGGCGAAAGAGCAAAGGGCACCUGGACAAAAGGCUGUCUGUCCCCAGAGGAGGUGAACGACAGCAGGUGCAGCCUCGCAAGUGGCCCCACGGUCCCGUCAGCCCCUGCCGGCUCUCAGGAUGCUUUUAUUUCCAGCUUUAGCUUCAUACGCCUCUCGCUCAGCUCUGCUGGGGAACGCGGGGAAGCGGAAGGCUGCCCGCCGCCCAGAGAGGCUGAGGCCCCUUGUCAGAGCCCCGCGGAGAUGGAAGCCAAAGAUGCCGGCUUGGACAGGGCCCCCCCACACCCUCAACUUUCCACUCCCCACUUCAAUGUCAAGGCUGCCCAGAGCCCGGCCGACUCUGCCCAGAUGGCAGCGGGCAGCCCCUGGCUGGAGUGUGAGACUCGUUUUUUACUGGAUACGGACACUGCCUCUCCCUGUCCCCCGGCCCCCUCGUGGUCAGAGGGCAGGGGUGUGAGGGACGCUCCCCACUGGGAAGCCCUAUUCAGGAGGUGCGAGCCCCUGCUGCUGGACUGCCUGCUGAGCGACCAGAGGCGGCUGGAGGUAAAAUCCUUAAGAUUAAAGCUUCAGAAACUUCAAGAAAAAGCAGUUGAGGAUGAUGAUUAUGAUAAAGCCGAGGCGUUAAGACACAGACUGGAAGAGCUGGAGGAGGAGAAAGGCAGCCUGCACUUCCAGCUUCCUUCGAGGCAGCCGGCCCUCUGCAGCCUCCUGGGCCAGCUGGACGCACAGGCCCAAGCGGCCUUGCGCCACAGGGCCUCCCAGCUGGCCAACAGUGACGAUGCCCAAAUCCUGCUCAGAAUGGAGCCAAAGCGGUUCGAAUCCACUGCCCAGGACACUCUGCGUGUGUCCAUCACCAGACGAGACUGGCUUCUUCAAGAAAAGCAGCAGUUGCAGAAAGAAAUCGAAGCUCUCCAAGCAAGAAUGUCUGUGCUGGAAGCCAAAGAUGAGCAGCUGAGAAGGGAAAUAGAAGAGCAAGAGCUGCUGCUGCCAGGGCGGGGCUGCGACCUGGCCCCGCUGGUGGGCAGGCUGUCCCUGGGCGAGCUGCAGGAAGUCAGCAAGGCCUGGCACGAUACCCUGGCCUUAGCUGACCGGAUUCCCCUGCGUGCAGAACCACCCGAAGCCGUAAGGAGCCUCCAGGAACAAGUAAAAUUCCUCAACUUGUCACUUAAGGAACUCACCGCUAAGGUGUGUAUGAGUGAGAGAAUCUGCAGCACUCUCAGGAAGAGAGUCAAUGAUAUUGAAACCCAACUACCGGCGCUGCUUGAAGCCAAACUGCUGGCCGCUUCAGGAAACCAUUUCUGUACAGCCAAGGAGCUCACAGAGGAGAUGCGAUCAUUAGCAUCAGAGAAGGAAGGGCUGGAGGGACUCCUGGACAAAAUGCUGGUGCUGGGUGCCAGGAACAUCCAGAAGCUGGGAAGUAUGAAGGAAGAUUACAGCAGACUGAGAAAGGAGCUGGACCAGGGUGAAUCCGCCUAUGAAAUGAGUGUGAAGGAGAAUACUCUGAAAUACAUGGAAACCCUGGAGGAAAAACUGCUUAGCUGCAAGUGUCCACUGCUUGGGAAAGUAUGGGAAGCUGACUUGGAGGCUUGUCGGUUGCUUAUCCAGAGCCUACAGCUCCGGGAGGCCAGGAGCGCACUGUCCACAGAAGAUGAGAGGCAGCUCGGUGACUCCAGGGGAACUACCUGUACCCCCGCUUCUGCCAUCCCCUCCAGGCUCUACUCUGAAGACGAGAUGAGGGCCCCUUUGCAGGCCUUUGGAGAGUGGAAGUCUCCCCUGACCGCAUCUCUGCACUGUGCUGGCAGCGAACAGAAGGAGGAAUCUUGAGUCCUUUCUGCAGAACUUGGAGAAAAAUGUGAAGCCAUAGACAAGAAGUUAUUGUACUUAGAAGAUCAGCUGCACACAGCAGUCCACAGUCAUGAUGAAGAUCUCAUUCAGUCUCUCAGGAGGGAGCUCCAGAUGGUGAAGGAGACUCUGCAGGCCAUGAUCCUGCAGCUCCAGCCAGCGAAGGAGGCGGGAGAAAGAGAGGCCCCGGCUUCCUGUGUGACAGCUGGUGUCCGGGAAGCGCAGGCCUGAGGCGGGACAGCAUGGGGGACAGAGGAGGAGUGGCCACGUCGUCCAUACAGACGCGCAGGAGGCCUCUCUCACCUCCCCUGCGUGACCCCUGUGCCUGAAUCCACCGUGGAGACAGGACCUGGAGGGGUCCCUGCAGAGACGUGGCUCCUGUUGGCUCCCCGGGGGCCGAGAUCGGGGAGGCUCCGCAUGGCUGUACAGGAGGGGACGAUCUGCUGAAUUUCCCUCCCAGUGUCGGCCAGAGGCACCUUUCCCGGGUCCCUACUGGAGCAUCCUGCACAGGACUUGAGCGUCUUCUCGUCUCAGCCCCCACUAGACAGAAGUUGGGGGCGAAUCCUGCUAGAAAAGUGUCUCCUCUCCUGUACCGUCUUGCUCUCUGCUGCAAUUAAAAUAUCUCCUGAUUUAAGAGCCCGUUAAAAGGAAACUAAACGUGUCUCUCUCACCACACCUGCUAUACUUUCCUAUAGGCACAUGAUAUAAGGGAGCUAAUUAACCCCGGAAUCUGGAAUUAACAGCUUUUCACCUUCUCCUGUGAUUCGCUAAAAUCUCAGGAGAAUUACUAUGAAAACUUCUGAAAGAUAUUUCUUUAAAGUAACAGCCUAUCGGUGAGGUACAGUCUUUGGGUUUUCCUAUUGUGGCAACAGAAAUAGGAAAUGAUGCCUGUUUGUGCUGAAAAGGUGUUUCACCAGGACAUCUGGAAAUUCGCCCGCAAUGACAGCAGGAAGGGGAGCCAGGGUGUGAAGGGAUCAGGUGACAUGUUUAAACUUCUGGGCCUCUCCUAGGUGCCUCUCAGACCUGUUUGGCUCCAUGCCAGGCAGGGCAUGGCCACAGAAACUGGUGCGGUGUAGUAUUCUGCACGGAGUUGGUGCCUGAUCGGUGGCGCAGUGUGUACUGAGUAAGAUAGUACCUACUCGGUAAGGCAGUACAGUACUCAGGAAGGCACACAGUCCUCUAUAAGGUAGUGACUACUCAGUAACAUGGACUGGAGUAAUUGCGGACUCCACCCUGCCGAGGCAGCUGUAAAAUUAGGCAAGGUGCACCAAGCCAGGUGGCCUCUAAGAAAUACUCCACAAAUGAACGGGCCUCCCUCGGUCAGAUACAUUUGGAAAAUUCAACAUGCCAUGAUUUCCGGUUGGAGAGCCCCAGUGCACAUUAGCAUGUCAGACUGGGACAGAGUUCGGGAAAGAAACCCGUUUGAUUUUUUUUUUUUUUUUGGUCUAACCCACACUUUAAUGGAUCAUAGAUUCUAUUUAAGAAUCCUAUUAAUUAAUACCCCACCAAUUUAUGUUGUGCAGCACCGCAUUCUCUGGGGAAGUCAUGGUCCCCACAAAUACCGAUUUCCGUCACAUAUAUGAGUGUGGCAGCAGCCAGACUCCAGCUUUUGCACAAUGUUGAGCUUAGGAACUACUUGCCCCAGUUUGGUAAGUCUCAUUGAUUUGUUGAGAUUUUUCCGUUUCUGUUCUCAUUUAUACUUACAAGAAUAGUCAUGAUGCUCCUUUCACGAAGGUCUGUGGGCGCUGGAUGGUUCUUGUCAUUUCCUGAAGUCACACUGUCAUUUCCGGAGGCCAGCUGGUGCUUUGCUAAGCCUCCCGUGCUGGGCAGCACUUCUGUCCUCAAAGAGAUGCCCUGCUUAAGCCAGCACCUGGCCAGGGUCCAGGGAACAAAGCAAAAGCAUAAUAUGUGAAUUUGCUGAUUUUGCUUCAUCAAUUUUAUCUUGAGCAUUUAAAAAAAUACACUGUACGUAUUUCAAAAAUGAGUAUAAUUAAGUCACUCUAGGAAUUCUUAGUUUUUUAAAUGAUGGACCAAGUUAGUGAAUUAUUUAUAAUCAUGUCUAAAAGGUAUUGUGUACUAGUCACAGGCCACUCGGAAUCCUUGAAUCCUUGAAUUAAUUCCAGUGAAGCAAAACUUGGGACAAGUCAGGAUUGACCAUAUUCCCAAUAGCAAAUGUCUACUCUGACAUGCAUCAUUUUUGGAAAGCUCCAAGACACAAGAAAUCUUGACACUAACCCAAGUGUUUUGUGUUACUCAGAUGCUAUUAUGAAUAUCUCUGUGAUGUCAUGAUGUAUUUGAAAAUUCUGGAACCUAAUAAGAGCUGUAAGUGUGCCCCAAAUAAGAGUUCUCUGGUACCUCCAAUGAGCAGUGUGUUUGCUUCUUUGUUGAGAUGCCUGAAUAAGUAUUGGGGCAGGUGAAUGAUGCUUUAACCACAUGCUGCCACUCAUCUCUAGUCUACGCUGGUGUCAGAGUCAGCCAGAAAGCCUGCUAAAGGCCAGCGUGUUUCCUAUGGCCACAUAACCUCUUCGGGACAAGUCCCUUCUUUGGCCACUGUGCCCUUGGAAGACCUGGGACUGUGUGUCCCAAACCAUAAUAUAGUAGAGUUUUUGUCAGGGUUUGAGUUUAAAAUCAACAAAACCACAAUGCAAAUUGAAGCCUUUAUGGAGAUAGUCACCAAGACCACAAGCCAAAGUGCAGAUUGAAAAUGGUGACGUGGCACCUGAUCUUCCUGUGACAUGCUAUGACAGAAUGCAUGACAGGUUACACUUCCUGCCAGGCUGAGAUGCUGGCAUUCAAAUGGCUGCCCAUUUAUCUUUGACCAGCCUGAGUUAGGGCAUGAUCUAUUCCUUCCAACUUCCUGAAAUUUCAAGAUCAAAAUGAGGUUGUCGCAGAUCAAAGUAGUAUGUAACACCGGAAACCUUUGUUCCUCUGUAGUAAGACUGGGUUCCCCACUGCAGGAACGUGGAAAGUCUCAACUGUGUGCACUGGGACUGUCCUAAGACCUUUAUAAUCAUAAUCUCAUUUAAUUCUCAGAUCAGCCCUAUAGAUGACUAUAGAUGAUGAAACAGAGCCUUAGGAGACCAGUGAGCUUCUCCCAAGGCACAGGGCUGAGGACUUAUAGAGUGACAGUAGGGAGCAGAGACGGGUAGAAAGCACUUAACGGAUGCUCUUCCUAAUACGCCUUCAAGGUCUUUUUGAGGCUUCGGGCCAUGGGGCAUUUUUGUUUACUUAAGAGCGCACGGUCACCUUAGAAGUGCUGCUAGGGAAUCCUCAGCUUCUCAUGUGCCCAGGUAAGCCCCAGAAGCCUGGCUCAGCUCAGGCAGGUUUCAACAGAUGUACCCACUCCGCUGUCCUAACCAACCAUUCGGUCCCAAUCCACCACAAAAGCCAUACCAGGAACAGCCACUUACUGCUUGGCAAGGGGCAGAUUUUCUUAGAAAUCUGAAAAGAAAUCAUUCAAAAAAAAAAAAAAAAGAAAACCUUUCCAAAAGUAUUCGAGAAAACAGCACUGCACCCUUUGGUUAAUGCCUCCUUGUAUAAGUGAUUCGGUACUUUUGUUUUUAAUAUCCUCACCUUAUCUAAUCUGUGAAUUUUGUCAUAUAAUUUAUUGCUUCAUAAAUUUUACUUUUGUUACAUGAAAUUAAAGCUGAUAUCCAAACCAUGGUGCACCUUUAAUUUUUUUGUUUGUUUGUUUUUGGUCUUCUGGAGUAUGGAUGAUAGAAAAAUUUAUCAGGUUUAUCUAUUUUAUCUUUUUGUUACAGGAUGACUGAUUAUACAGUUAC